AUGGCUCUGCCAUCCUCGUCUUCCUUCGCCUACGAAUUCACCUAUGACGUGUUCCUCAGUUUUAAAGGCUCUGAUACUUGCCACGGUUUUACCGGCAAUCUUUACAAAGCCCUUCAUGACAGCGGAAUCCGCACCUUCAUUGACGAUGACGAGCUUCAAAAGGGUGAGGAAAUCACACCUGCACUUGAAGAGGCAAUCAAACAGUCAAGGAUUGCCAUCGUUGUGCUCUCCAAGGACUAUGCUUCUUCUUCGUUUUGCUUGGAUGAACUUUCCAACAUCAUUGAUUGCGUCAAGGCUAAGGGUAGGCUCGUUUGGCCGGUUUUCUAUGACGUUGAUCCUUCUCACGUGCGAAAGCAGGAAGGGACUUACGGGGAAGCCAUGGUUAUGCAUGAGAAGAGGUUCAUGGAUAACAUGGAUAGGUUGCAGAAAUGGAAGACAGCUCUCAAACAAGUUGCUAACUUGUCUGGUUGGCAUUUCAAAUUGGUGUUUGCUAUGGUACCCUAA